AGACUGGAGUGCAUCUGGUAUAUGUCGAGAGCUGUUAUGUAUACACAAACCACGGUCAAUACAAAAAUAGACAAGCCUGUGUGCUACAUUAUUAUCAAUGGAAUAUAGGCGAUAUUCCGAUAUUAUAUAUACUCUUCUCUAUAUUCUCCGGAAAGUUCUAUGAGCAAAGAUAUAAAGCAUCAUGGAAGAUGACAUUCUUAAUCCUCGUUUUCUGCUGGAGUUAUCUGAGAGUAUUGACUUGGCUGUGGUUUCUCCAACGAAUUUCGCAAUUUAUUUGGGAUUCUCAAGUUCUAAGGGCAGCGCAGCAGUACAACAAGCAAUACAUGGCAUGAAUCCCCAGCAGGCAUAUAUGACUUUAUUAAACCUUCAUGUUAAAGAAAAUGGAACCAAUGUUAAUAGCGCAUUGAAUCUACGAUCAAAACUAUUGAACAACCGCUUGAAGUCUAUUGCCGAUAAUGUAGAUAGAGAAUUAAUGAAGUACAACACUCCUAUACCUAGCCAUGCUGAUACAGUUAUCGGCCAGCCACUUGAUCUACCAACUCCUCCUUCUGAUCUACCAGGCAAUUCAGGACCAAGGCAGCGGCAGGUACCACCUACUACUAGUAUGGUUAGAGAUCCCGCCAUUCAUGAUAGGCAGCCAGUUCCACAUCCGUCGCCCUCUGAUCACGACACGCUACCUACACAUCGGUUCUUUGCAGCCAUUGUCAUGGUCACAUUAGUCAUUGUCGGUGUCUAUUUAUUUCUGUAUUGAAAGAUAAUCAACAGGGGCCGCGAAACUGUUUUCAAAGUGGGUGGGGGGGGGGGCUGACCCCCGGGGCUGACCAUGCAAAAAAUCACAAUCAUAUGGUCAUUUGGGGAC